AGUUCUUGACCAGGCUGACCGAGAGAUUCGUGCUGGGAGUGGAUAUGUUUAUGGAAACAGUGUGGAAAGUUUGGACGGAUGUCAUGGAUGUUCUUGGCCUUGACGGUAUCUUUUCUUCCUUCAUGGCCCAAGACAGCUGCUCGCUCUCCUACCAUCGCAUCCACAUUCCAGCAGGCAGAAGAAGAGGAGUCUCGAACCUGUCCCACUAUUUCAGCCCAGCCUCGGUGGCCAACAGCCCGGUGCGCGCCCUCCUGCUCGUCGGCAUCGUCCUCCUGGCCUACUGGUUCUUGUCUCUGACCUUGGGCUUCACCUUCAGCGUCCUGCAUGUGGUGUUCGGCCGCUUCUUCUGGGUCUUUCGGGUCAUCCUGUUCUCCAUGUCCUGCGUGUACAUCCUGCACAAGUACGAGGGCGAGCCGGAGAACGCCAUCCUGCCCCUGUGCUUCGUGGUGGCCGUCUACUUCAUGACUGGCCCCAUGGGCUUCUACUGGCGUGGCGGCCCCAGCGGCCCCAGCGUGGAGGAGAAGCUGGAACACCUGGAGAACCAGGUCAGACUGCUUAACAUACGCCUCAACCGAGUGCUAGAAAGUCUCGACCGUGCCAACAGCAAGUGACAAUCAGCCAGCCGGCCGGGUCCCCUCACACCAGCGCCCUCUCUCAGAAAACAGAAAAAGAGAAAGAAAAAGAGAAUGCUGAGCCCGAAACAAUCUUAAUAAACGUCCCUGAGCAAGAGAGUGGCGCUCUGUGAGGGUAUUUCCGGCCAAGGUAAACUCUUGGGACACAUUCCGAGAGAAAUGACAAGAUCAUUCAUGUAGAACUGCCUACGGAGUGUCAUUAGUGGGAGAAAUAUUUUUUAAACAAAGGAUAUAACCAUAUUAACUGUACAGUCAGAGAAGUUUAUCUGCAUAGAGCAUAAAGUUAAUUUUUUCAAGCAUUUAAAUACAUCUUUUGUAAGGUUUUUUAAUAAAGGCAGAUCCGAAUCAAGUGUAUUAGAACUAUACAUGGAGGGGAGGAAUACGCUAGUUUGACAUUUUAGAAAAGUGAAGCGUUUGUUUUCACAGUGGAGGGAUUGGUGGGUGAGGUCUGUGUGCGUUAUUUUCCUGUUCCAAAGCGGUGAGCUUCGUUUUAUGUUAUUCUUGGUCGAUGUCGACCAAGCCGAUGAAUGUUGUCGCUUCUGAAUGUAGACGGUUGGGCUUGAGGCUGGAACUAGAUGCCUCUUGGACCCUGGCGAUCCUAGCCAGGCUGGCAUCAAUUAUAUUUCUAAGAAGUCAUUCUUUGUGGAAAACCUGAGAUUUCUCUCCCUCUCCCCUUCUGUACGUGGAUGAAUUUUAACCUCAACAUUUUGUAAAGGAAAAACUCAAGGAUUGGGCAAAGAAACGUCCUUGGGGUUUGCUGUCAGGAGCCACCUGGGUAGGCUUCCGAGCUCACUCAGAAAUCUCUUCGAUGUCCUGAUUUUGCCGUUUGCCAGCUGGGCCUGUAGAGAGAGAUCCACGCUCAAGGGUUUUUUGAUUAUUCGUUGCAUUUUGGUUUUGGUUGACUCAGGACCUUAGAAGGAGAAUAAACCAAAGCAGCUAAGAACAUUUUCAAGUCUUAUCGCUGCUUGUAAAGAGUCUCAGGAACAAUAAGUGGUGUCAACUAGCUCUGGAGAAGACCUGGAUUGUUUCUCCUGACGUUUUUACAAUACACGCGUUGGGUGCUUUCUGUCUAAAGUCUGUGGUGUCCUCGUUUUAGGGAGUCUCUACGGGCAGAGGUACACGCUGGGCAGACAGCUGUGGGGGUCCCGGCCAGGGGAGCUUUGCAAGGCUUAGAGCUGAGUAGAAACACCCCCUUUCCAGGGCCCCAAGGGUGUUGGCAAGCAACAGAAAAAUGGCAAGUAAAGGAAGGUCCCGCCGAGGCAGAUUGCAGUUUUGAAAACUGCUAGGGGUCGAGAUGUUCUCCGUAGUCCUUCGCUGCCCGCCUCUGCGCCCCGGCAGCCCCCACCCAGAGCCCCUGGACGCACAUGUGCAGAGACCCCUCCCCGUCCCAUCAGGUAAAACCAAGACCUUGUGGUCUAGGUAUCAGAUUGGAGAUAACUCAGCUGUCUGCUAACGCCUGUGCGAGGUUUCUGUGAAGUUUUAUUUUUGGUUGCAAGUACCUGGAAAACAGAAGCAGAUGUUUUGGAAGACAUUUAUGAAACUUCUCUUUUUAAGGUGCACAUCACGGGACCCAAACACUCCUGCAUUUGGUUCAUUUCCUGGAAUCAUAUCGACCUGUUCCCCGAGGUUUGCUUAGGCAAAUCUUUAUCUGUGAGCAUUUGAAACCUGUGGUUUCUGGAUUGACAUCGGUCCAGUUUUGUCAUUUAGAUACUUAUGGAUGAAUCCAUUUUCACCUGGGGAGGUCAUCCUUGCCCUCCUUCGUUUGCGUGUGCAUUUGGCUUUUGUGUGUUGGCACGCUUAGGUACUAAAACAUUGCUUUGCUUAUGUAGACCGUGGGAAAUUGGCAUAUUCUGCACAAAGCCUUUAAGUCUUGAGCUCUCACUGUAUAACAGCGACUCCAAUCCCCGCCCCCGCCCCCGCCCUCACACAUGAGACCUGAAGGGCCCUAGGCCGGAAAGCCAUUUUAUCUGCCAUUAAAUCAGGGAAGGCCCCUGAGUCUGGGCCCUAGCUAGGUGAGACCACAAGCAUCAACUGAAAAUCGCUGUCAAGCCCUCGCACCGUUUUUACCAAAUCGGCUAAGUGUAGGCUCUGAAGCCCAGUUUACAGUUUGAUACACUCAAGGGAGAGAUACUUUUAUUUUUAAUAAAAGAACCUGUACUUAAUCUGGAGUCUCACUUCGGGGUAGAACCUUGUUUGAAAUUCUGAUAGAUGUCCUAGAUGUUAGGUCUCGAUAACUCUUCCUUUUUAACGCAGAACUUUGACUUUUCUUUGGGCAUCAUCUUAACCCCAAAUAGUUUGGGACUUUUUUCUUUCUCCAUUCCACGGAAGUUUGUAGGGUAUUUGGCUCCCUCCUGCUACAGCCCACUCCCAUUUCUUUCUUUUUUCUCUCUUUUGUAUGUGGAAAAAUGUAUUUUUGUACCAUAUCUCAUGCCUUGAAGAGAACCCUUUUUUAUAUCUUCAGGGCUGUAGAAUAUAUUCGCGCAGCACUAAAUCAAAUGUGAUUUAAAAACCAUCCCGGUGAGACCUACUGUGGAUCCGUUAUAAUGACUCGGUUUUUAAAGUAUCUUCAUCAGUGUUAAUCCUGCAGUAUUUCAGUAUCACAGUAAACACCAAGGACAGAAAAGAGGAAGGACCGGUGACCUCUAAAUUGCUGGAUUCGCGUGGACGUUUUGGGCUCAGUGUUGAUAACGAGCUCUUCCUUGACGGGCUGGCGAAGAUGCUUUUGUGGUGCGCAAUUUAUGGAAUGUAUUUUUAUUCCAUAAAUAUAUUUUCCGAAACCCAUCAGCUUUACUUGCCGUCGGGUGUUUUUGGUGUGUUGGUUGGUUGGUUGGUUGGUUUUGCUUCACGUUGUGGUGAGACCCCCGUAUCACUUCUGGGAACACAGUACAACAAGAGCGGCAGAAAUUCUUGCAAGCUGGCCUCGUGAGUUACGCCGGAGUUCGUUUAUGAAGGUGAGCACCGAGUGGUGACCCGUCGGGGUUAAUGCCAGGGAAAGGGUUUUUAAUACCCCGAGAUGAGAGGCACAGGGCGCCACACGGACGCGGAGAGAGGGGGGCCGGGACCAUGCCUUGCCGACUGUGGUGGUGGGAAGUGGCUGGGUGGGGACAUCUCUAAUUGGCUGUGAACGUACAGGUGGGGGCCGGUGGUCAGGACUUUCGCACGGCCACGAGGGCUGGCUUCUGGGGAAGAUGGGAACCACGUUGGUUGUUAGUCUGUCUCUGAUUCAGCAGCCUUACGGAGAGACUAGGAAUGACAUGUCAGAUAGCCAAUCAGACUCUGAAACAGUAGUUCAUAUGCUUUGUCCCAGGUAGGAAUCGUAAACUGCUUCCUUUCCCUGCUUCCCGUUACUUCUUAAGAUGCUUUUGAUGAAUGACAUCUGCCUGCUUGGUUUGCCGCCUUUUCCCUGCUUGGUGUCGAGUCUGCUGACUUAACCAAAAAGCCUGCGCUUGCCAUCAGCUAGCUCGAGUUAAAGGGGAUUCCUAAGACCUUACGGUGUCAACCCCCCAACUUCAUUUUUUAAAUAAUACGUCACCAUUCUGCAAAGUCUUUGUUUAUGGCCAUUCGAGUGUUGGACUUCUGCUCCUCAGCUUGUGAAUAAUAGAAUUAUAUAUAUUUUGCAGGAUCUAACACAGUACCCUUAAAACUAAUAUUAGACAGCCAUCAAUAUGAUGUACAGUAUCUGGCAUAAGCCGAAUUCUAUGCUUUGCUCUUCUGCGAUUCCUCGAUGUGUAGCACAUGGAUGGAUCAGGACCAGUUUGUCCCUUGUGGUGGCAAAAAACAAACAAACUGAUUGUCACUUGCGUCGUCUACUGAAAGCCUGUGGCAGCUGGUGGAGUUAUUGACCAUACGUCCUAAUGUCUUCUUGCAGAUUUAAAGGUUUUACCGUAGCGUCAGUCUAACAUCUGCAUGUGUGUUAAAUCUCUGAAUACCGUGUAAUUAAACCGAUUUCUCGUGAUGGUGAUGGUGAUUAGCGCUCACUUCAAACCCAGCAGAGCAGUUCCCUCUUCUUAACUGGAAAUCAUAUUCGUGAAGUAAGGCGCCCAUUGCCAACAGUGCAUUUAUGAUUCAAUUCCUAUUUUGUGUACCUGGUUAUGAAUUUGAUAUAGCGUUUAAUUUGACACUGAAUCUAAAUCCCUUUGAUUUGAAUAUAGUGGGGUGUGUGCGCGUGUGUGUGUGUGUGUGGUGUGUGCACACUUUAGUCUCAUGAGUCUCGGGAAACUGAUUCUACAAAUAUAUAUAGACGUAAAUGUAUAAGGCUUAUUUUUUUUUGCAAAGUGAUACAUACAUUCCUGUUAUUUAUUAAAUAAUGGCUUUGGUGUUAUGUAGAGAUAUUUGUAGACUGAUUUCAGAACAGAAUUAAAAUAUUGUGGAAAUUGCAGCUAUUAAUAAAUGUUUAUUGUAAUUUU